CAAUGGUGAGGAGUCCACUGCUUGAUGAUAGUGUGAUCAUCAAAGAAAUUGGCUGUUUUCGUUGUGUUCCUAAAUCGCAUUUUUAUCUCAAUUUUAUCUCCUAAUAGGUUUUUGUACAUAAGAAAAAAAUUCUCUUUGGCAAGGCUGAAUAGGGUAGAUAUUAAAAGUAAGGGAUUUAAGUUAGACUUGAGUUAGAAUCCCAGUGCUGACUGUGUGAAGUUGGACAAAUUAUGUAACACAUCUGAGCCUCACAUGUUUCCCCUGUAAAAAUAAUGUAGUAAUAGUUCCAAUCUCAUAGGGGUCCUGGAAAAACAAAAUGAAGUGAUACAUAUAACGUACUUACCGUAGUGUCUGGCAUGUGGUCAGUCCUCAAUAUAAAGUAGCUGUUAUCAUUAUGAUUCCAAUUUUUAUUAUUUUCAAAUAAUUUGGAAAGAUUUCAAUAAUGCCUUAUAUUUGAUAGGUGAUUAAAUUUUAUAAAAUACUUUCAAAAUCACAUUUCAUUCCUACUGUGAUGGCUAUAAUGUAGGUAGAACAAGUGUUACUACAUUUUACCAUUGUGUAAAUUAAGACUUGGAGAGAAAAACAUAUCUUAUGAGCUAUAAACUAGUUUUCCUAGGUUCAUAAGUCCCCUAGAUGAUUUUAUUGUUGAGUUAGAAAGUUAUUAUCAGAAUGUGUUGCAAACACUGCUAUUAUAUAUAAAAUUAAUUAUGUAAAAUGCUUUUUACAGAUCUUGAAAAUGAGCCAAGAAAAAAAUGAAAUAUUUGAAAGUAAGUGGUCAAAAGAGAGACAGAGAGAGAAGCAGUUGGCAUUUGGUCUUGACACUGCCGAGAUGGCCUUGAAAGUUGAAAGUGAGGAAUUGCAAAAAUCAAAGUCAGAGCUCAUAUGCCUUUAUAAUGAAGUUCACAGUCUUCCAGGGGCAUCAGAAAGCAGAGACCAUUUUUUAAUAGCAUGGGACCUAUUGCAAAAAGAGAAUUCUGAAUUAGAAACAAAGGUCUUGAAGCUUUCUCAAGAAUUUGCACAAUUAAACCAUUUUACUCUAGGGGAAAAAACUACAACUGCUAAUUUAAUUAAAAGUGAAAAUAUCUGUAAAGAUCCUGAGUCUAACGAGCCAAUUUUGGAAGCAGAAAUUCAAACCCCAAAGGAAGAGAGAGAGGAACUCUGUCCCAAAUUAGGAGAAAGAAAGCAGAAGGAAAUUCCAGAGGAGUCAGUAAAGGAGGGCACUUUUCCAAAAGAGGGGCAGAAGGAGGAGGGCUCACAACAGAAUGGAGAUAUGAAAGAUGAAGAAAAAGAACAGCAGUUGACCAUUAAGACCGAGGAGGUUGUGAGGCUUAGAGAAGAGCUGAGCCGUAUAAAUCAGAGCCUCCUUCAGUCUCAGAGCUCUGGGGAUAGUUCAGAUGACAGUGGUGCCCAGCAUCCAUCAUCUGGAGAAAAACUAAAAUACAACCAGCAAGAGGAAGUACAGCAACUUCGCCAGAAUUUGCACCGGCUCCAGGUUCUAUGCAACUCAGCUGAAAAUGAGCUUCGAUAUGAACGAGGGAAGAACUUGGACUUAAAGCAACAUAAUAGCUUACUUCAGGAAGAAAACAUCAAGAUAAAGAUUGAACUAAAGCAUGCCCAACAGAAGUUAUUAGACAGUACAAAGAUGUGCUCUUCACUCACAGCAGAGUGCAAGCAUUGUCAGCAGAAAAUCAAGGAACUGGAGUUGGAAGUACUUAAGCAGACUCAGAGCAUUAAAUCACAGAACAACCUACAGGAAAAGCUGGCUCAGGAGAAAUCUAAAGUUGCUGAUGCAGAGGAAAAGAUUUUGGACCUGCAGCAGAAAUUAGAACAUGCUCAUAAAGUCUGUCUCACAGACAGUUGUAUUUCAGAGAAGAAGCAGCUAGAGGAAAAGAUAACAGAAGCAACAGAAAAUGAAGCUAAAAUAAAGCAACAAUAUCAAGAAGAACAACAGAAGAGGAAACUCCUAUAUCAGAAUGUAGAUGAGUUACACAGGCAAGUGAGAACCUUAAAAGAUAAAGAAAGUCUCCUGGAAAUGACCUGUUCUCAGCAACAAUCCAGAAUUCAGCAACAAGAGGCCCUACUUUCACAACUGGAAAAUGAGAAAAGAAAAUAUGAUGAGCAUGUCAACAGCAACCAGGAAUUAUCAGAGAAGCUGUCUAAGCUACAGCAAGAGAAAGAAGCUCUACAUGAAGAAUAUGUGCGAUUAUUGAAGCUACUUAAUGUCCAUGUGAGAAACUAUAAUGAGAAACAUCACCAACACAAAAUCAAGCUUCAAAAAGUCAAGUGUCGUUUAACUAAUGAAGUAGAACUACGAGAUAAGAGAAUUAACCAAUUUGAAGAUGAAAUUGGAAUCCUGCAACAUGAAAUAGAAAAGGAGAAGGCAAUACAGGACCAGAUCACUGCCCAAAAUGAUACCCUGAUUUUAGAAAAAAGGAAACUUCUGGAGCAAGUCAUAGAGCAAGAACGUUUGAUCCACAGCAACAAAUGGACGAUAUCUUCAAUCCAAAGCAGGGUACUUUACAUGGAUAAAGAAAAUAAGCAAUUACGUGAAAAUAGUCUUCGUCUCACACAGCAGAUUGGCUUCUUAGAGCGAAUUAUAAGGAGCAUUCAUAUUCGCAGAGGAGAGAAUCUUAAGGAGUUUCGUCUUCCAAAAUGGUGGCGUAGAGGCAAGCUGGCUUCUCUCCCCGCAACAAAAAGAGAGAAAGAAAUAUACAGCAGUGAGGUCGCCACCAGCAAUAAUGCAGAGCUCCAGCAUGAGGAUGAGUCCAUUCCUGAGGUCACAGAGAAGUGGAAACACUCUGAGCAGAUGGAAACAACAAUUAGUGACAUCUUUGAAUCUGAAGUAAUGAAUGAAGCAUUGCCUUUAUCAAACUCCAGUUUUUCAGGAAAAGAUUUGGUAGAGUCAUUUGUAAGUCUUCAAGAGACUGAAGUGAUUAAGUCAAAAGAAGCAAUGGCAAGUUCAGAGUCCCCUGAGAAUCUUUUGUGUUCACAGAAUUCUGAGGCUGGAUACAUAAAUGUGGCUUCUCUGAAAGAGACACACGGUAUACAAGAACAAGACCAAAAGUCAGAGCUAUAAAAUCACUGUUGCCUAAAGCUAUACUGAACAAAAUUGCUAACUUAAAGCCUGGACACAAAAGUGGACCAUGACAUUGAGAAGAGUUACCACAGAUCCCAAAUGGAUGUCAACCAAGUGUCUUCAAAAUUGCUGAUAAAUUCAUUAAAGCCAUUCUAAAAAUGGAUUUUUCAAGUUUGUUUGAUAUCCUCAGAUACCUUGUAUUGAUCAAUAUAUUGACUUUAGUUCAAUGAUUUAUUUAGGUUUCUUUUCAGCAGAGCACAUGUAUGGUUAAUUCGGCAUUCUUUCCCAUUAUUAUGGGUAUAUUUUCAAUUUAUUUUUUAAGAGUAAAAACAAUACAGUCACAUUAAAGCAAAUA